AUGUUCUGGUCGACCGGAGAGGAAAGCAGAGAGACAGAGAGCAAAGCAAAUGGAUAACAUAACGGCGAGCGAGCUGGCUGGAUUUGGUGUCGGAACUCUGCUCCUCUGCGCCACCAUUGCCGCCCCGAAGAUCGAUGCUUUCAUCUCCGCCUCUCAGCGCAGUUCUUUGGGAAUGUGCAAGAGAUGUGGCAAUCUGAGGUUGAUAGCUUGCUCAAGAUGUAAAGGAAUAGGAUUGAUCAAAGAAGGUCAAAUGCUCGGAUCAAAUCUCAUCGACGACAUGUAUGAAUCGCUUGGUGGUGAAGGAUCGAAAGUAAGAUCCAUCUCUUGCACCAAUUGUCAAGCUAGAGGUCAUUUUUCGUGCCCCGAUUGCUCUAAACCAACAUCUGUUUGAGUUUGCUUGGUCGUGUAAACUAAAACUUGAUCAGGCUAUUUGUGUUAUCUUAGAAAGACAAAUCAAUGUCAAAGCUUUCUUCGCCCUCAGUCACCAUACUUGUUUGGUACCAGUGAUGUAGGCCAAUGAAAUUUAUGAACCCAAAUUAGACAGUAGAGAUAUAGCGGUGCAUAAUCCAUAUAUAUACAUUCUGAAUCUUUCUGUACUUUCCUUUUCGUCGAAUAUUCAUCCUUGAUAAUAUGCUUGAAUUUGUUUGA